AUGCGUAGAGACUUGUUUGCCAGUGAGUCUGUGAUGUUUGUCGUCUUGCUCUUGUGGCUGUCGGUCAUGUUCAGGCCAGAGGGGGGGUCCCAGGUCCCGAUCUGUGGGGGGGGGGGGUCAGGGAACCAUCAGAACCAUAAGGACCAGCAGGAUCAGAACCAUCAGAACCAUAAGGACCAGCAGGAUCAGAACCAUAAGGACCAGCAGGAUCAGAACCAGCAGGUGCUAGUUAGUCUAAACAGACAUAAGUCUACACAGGCGUCAGUCAACACAGGCGUCAGUCUACACAGGCGCAACUACACAGGUGUCAGUCAACACAGGCGUCAGUCUACACAGGCGUCAGUCUACACAGGCGUCAGUCUACACAGGCGUCAGUCUACACAGGCGUCAGUCAACACAGGCGUCAGUCAACACAGGCGUCAGUCUACACAGGCGUCAGUCUACACAGGCGUCAGUCAACACAGGCGUCAGGCUACACAGGCGCAACUACACAGGUGUCAGUCAACACAGGUGUCAGUCUACACAGGCGUCAGUCAACACAGGCGUCAGUCUACACAGGCGUCAGACUACACAGGCGUCAGUCAACACAGGCGUCAGUCUACACAGGCGCAACUACACAGGUGUCAGUCAACACAGGCGUCAGUCUACACAGGCGUCAGUCUACACAGGCGUCAGUCUACACAGGCGUCAGUCAACACAGGCGUCAGUCUACACAGGCGCAACUACACAGGUGUCAGUCAACACAGGUGUCAGUCUACACAGGCGUCAGUCAACACAGGCGUCAGUCUACACAGGCGUCAGUCUACACAGGCGUCAGUCAACACAGGCGUCAGUCUACACAGGCGCAACUACACAGGUGUCAGUCUACACAGGCGUAACUACACAGGCGUAACUACACAGUUGUCAGUCUACACAGGUGUAACUACACAGGUGUAA